AUGCCGGCAGCGAAGUUUGGUUUGGUUCCAUGGGUGAAGAAGACGAUUGUGGAACCCCUCGUGCAGAUCAUCCGAAGGUAGCGCUUCCUCUCGCUGAUCCGAGUUUUCUCGGCUGUUUCCCGAUGAGAAUGUUUUCGCCCUUUUCUUCUCAUCGUAUCAAUCGGACAGGUCGAUCCAACGUUUUCUCGGACUCUUCAAGAUCGAACGCUCAUGAAUGUCAGAUUUUCUUCUAGUUUCUAUAGAUCUCAGACUCGUUUGCCUCCGUAUCCAUCCUCUUGCCCUGCCCAACAGUCGUCUGCUUCUUCCGGAAGCAAAAAAAUAUAAGCUCUUCUCGGGUCAGAGUCGUUGACGUUAUUUCAAGCCGGGGCUGACUCUGGGUGCUUCUGUGGGAUCUGUUUAUCUAGGGGCGCGGAACCAAAACAGCUGGCUUUUUCCACUGCUCUUGGCCUGACCCUUGGAUUAUUUCCCAUUUGUGGUAAGUAACCACGAGACUCACGGUGUCCAGUGGAGGAUCUCACUAUCUACGUGCCCACUUUGUUUGAUGCAAAUUUCUUUAAUGGCUUUGGAAACAUGGCGAAUAUCCCGUCCCCUGGUGCCCAAGAAAACGAUCAUUUUGUUCUGUUAAGUCGAGAGAGUCGGGCUAUUUUUACAGGCAAAUGCUGGAAGAUGGAGGCGUCUGAAACUAGUUAUGAUAUUGAUUGAGGUUCUUCUGGCUGAUUUAUUGAUUACGCUAUCGUACAGGGGUCACAGUGUUCCUCUGUGGGAUGGCAAUCGCUUUACUUGGUAAUCACUGUCAUGCUCCCAGUGUGAUGCUCGCUAACUUCGUCGCCACGCCAUUUGAGCUGAGGUGAGUUUCUUUUGAUCUUCCCUGCUAUUAUAUUGUAAUCUACUUGUUGCCCAUAACUUUGGACAUUUUCAUCUGCAUUCAUGCAAGUUUGGAAUACUUCUCCUUUGUCAUGUUGGCCUUCAUCCCUUCUCGUGAUUUUUUAUUUUUUCUUCAUAUUUCCUCAUUUUUAUCAACUGUCCUGUUUUGGUGAUUUCUUCUCCAUUUUUUAUAUUAUUCUCGAAUGGCAAUCACUAAAUCAUAUUAGUGUUGGCCGCUCAGGCUCAAUCGGUCAUCUCAGGCUAUCUAAAAUUCGGCAUUUCAGAAGUAUAAUAAACAUGAAAUGGAAAAGCUUUUGCAUCCGAUUAAAGAGCUCUUUCUGCUUAAAAUGAUGAGCAAAAGAUGAAAACUACGUACAACAAAACUGCAGGGAUGAAUGAAAUGGCUUCAAUGAGUCUUGUUGGAAAAAUAUCGUGUAGAGAGAAGGAAGAGGAGCUACUGUGGUGGGUUGGAGAUACAUCACCUGAAUACAUGAAGAAUGUUCAUAUUGCAUAAAAUUGAUUACUUCUUUUCUAGAUUUCGGUCCUUAUUUUCUUGCCAUUAUUAGACAUAAAAUAAAGCAGUUUCAUUUGUCGUAUCAUGCCAAGAACGUUAACUUGAUGGGCUCAGCUCAGAAUAGAUCUGGGUUUUGUUAGGAUCAGAGAUGCCGCACCGUUGCGCGUUGGACAAUCAGAAGUUCUUCUAGAAAAAAUAGUAAUUCGGUCAGGUUUUUUGAGUAUGAAAACUAUAAAUAGAAAAGGGUGAAUGGCUGCAACCAGGGCCAGAAGGGGUGGAGACCUCCUCCAGGAAGGGGCCCAGCCAGGGAGAAAGCUGGGAGCUUGUGCGUGAUUUGUAUUAUCUUCCUUAGAUUGUACUGAUAUUUCACUCUUAUCUCUCUGGCCUGUGCUCGUGCCAUUUCCCAGCUUGGUGAUUCCAUUCCUACGACUCGGGGAGUUCAUCUCUGGCGGCUCCCACUUCCCGUUGACCGCCGAUGCAAUGAAGAGGAUCCUCACAUUCCGGGCCUCCCGAGAAGUUCUAGUCGGCGUUUUCCAUGCGGUGAGCCUCGAUCACAUAUGGGUCGCGGUGGUUGACCUCGUUUGGCCCCGGUCAAUUCUCACCGAGGUUGACCACCAUUGCUUGUCAUCAUGCCCAGCUGAAGCCAGUAUAUUAUUAUGCUGACGGCCGGCUUUCCUGCAGCUGCUGGGCUGGCUCGUGGCUUCACCCUUCAUCUUGGCCGCGCUCUACGUGGUGUUCGUCCCCUGUUUCAAGCUCCUCGUUCACAAGUUCAGCGGAGGAGGGCCACCUUCCAGCCCCAAGAAGCAGGCCAACCCCCAGGCAGAGACCAAGGUCAAAGCCCGGCAAGUCUGA